GCGGGCGGAGCCUUCCUUCAAGGCCGGCGGCAGGGGGAGGGACGCCGGGCUGGACUCCUCAAACGCCGACUGUGAUUGAAACGCAGCUCCACCUUUUAAAGUAUUAGCUGCAGACUUCAUAUUGUCGCCCGCCCUCCCCCUGUGCCGGUUCGCCCGGGAGGUUUUUCAUUGUGACUCAGUUACAAGGCAGGAAAAAAUGUCCAACGUCAACUGGAAGCCGUUUGUUUUCGGCGGUCUGGCGUCUGUGACGGCGGAAUGCGGGACUUUCCCAAUCGAUUUAGCCAAAACGCGCCUUCAAGUUCAAGGCCAAGUGGGCGACAGCAAAUACCGAGAGAUCCGCUACAGAGGCAUGCUCCACACUUUAGCCAGGGUGGGAAGAGAGGAGGGGCUCCGGGCUCUCUAUUCAGGAAUAGCUCCCGCCAUGCUGCGCCAGGCAUCCUAUGGGACCAUAAAAAUUGGCACAUACCAGAGCUUUAAGCGACUGCUGGUUGACAGACCAGAGGAUGAGACACUGCUGACUAAUGUGGCAUGCGGUGUCCUCGCUGGAGUCAUCUCCUCCUCCAUUGCCAACCCUACUGAUGUGCUGAAGAUCCGCAUGCAGGCUCAGGGAAAUGUGAUCCAGGGCAGUAUGAUGGGCAACUUCAUCAACAUCUACCAGGAGGAGGGAACACGAGGACUGUGGAAGGGUGUCUCUCUAACAGCUCAGCGGGCAGCGAUCGUGGUCGGGGUCGAGCUACCAGUUUAUGACAUUACCAAGAAGCAUCUGAUCAUGUCGGGUCACAUGGGGGACACUGUGUACACACACUUCUUGUCUAGCUUUGUAUGUGGACUGGCGGGGGCUUUGGCCUCCAACCCAGUGGACGUAGUCCGGACGCGCAUGAUGAACCAGAGAGGAGGAGCUUUGUACCAGGGAACACUGGACUGUCUACUGCAGACAUGGCGCUCCGAGGGCUUCAUGGCACUCUACAAGGGUUUCUUUCCCAACUGGCUGCGCCUGGGACCAUGGAACAUCAUUUUCUUCCUCACAUAUGAGCAGCUGAAGAAGAUCAACGUGUGAUCGGCAGGAUGAGAGCGAAGAAGAGACGAGUAUGUGCACAUGCUCUGAGACGAGCAGAGAGGACCAAAAAUCGGGGAAUGGCUUGAUUGGGAUGGAACCUUAAUGGAGCCAGUGAAUGGUCAAUGGGAGUUUGAUGUUGACCCAUGUUCAGGGCGGCAUGAGAAUUUGCCUGAUUCCUGUUGGGGCUACACAUCUCCUAAAGCCUGUGGCAAGUGUGGAAGCAACUUAAACACUCAAACAAACAUUCAUAUCUGUUUUAGCUCAUCCAACUGCUACAUUAAGCUUAAGCAUUCACUUAAAUUUCAUAUUGACUCCAUGGAUUCAUGUCACCUGAUUUAUUAAUUUAAUGACUGGUAAUCUAGGAUGUGGAACACUCUGACUCCAUUAAUUGUUCAUAAAUUAUCUUUUCCCAAUCAGAAGCUGCUUUGAAAUGGCUUUAAAGUCAUGAGUUAAAAAAAACACAUGAGGGUUUUCAGUCUUCUACACUUGAAGUGGCCUCCAAACUGAGUGCCUUAGUUUGUGGUACAGGCUGUCGAUGCCUGAGUCAGAUAGCAGCUGACAAUCGCAGUGAUCAUUCCCUUUUGAAAAAGAUGAAAAAUGUUUGUGUGCAUGAGUCAACAGACAUGGAUGAAGAUCUGGUGGGGUUUUUUUUUUUAUAUAUAUAUAUUUCUAAAUUGAGCGAUGGGUGUGUGUAAAGGUGAAAUUAUUAUUUAUUCUAAGAGUCUUCAUUUGCUGAGUUAGAGCCAAGAAUACAUUACGGUGUACUGUGAUAAAUAACAGUUGUAUAAACAGCCAAUGGGUGCUGCGACAAGAUAUACACACACACACACACACACACACACACACAUCACAUGCUCAUAUGUGGCGAGACUAGUUGUUCCUCAUGCCAGCAAGUGCAGACGGUUAACAUAUCCUCAGGAAGUUGGGGUUGAUGCUGUGCUCCCUGGGUUCAUGGGUUCCUGUGUUAAUGAACACGUCACUGUAAAAACUGAAACUUGCAUUAUGAAACAUUAUGUAAGCCCACAUAUUAUGUUCAUCUCAACCCCCUUACCCUUUUUAAGUUUAGACCACCAGGACAGAUUAGGGUGUCUGAGGUGUGUCAUUUGAUGAUGUUUAUUGCCUGAAGGCACUAAAACCACUGCACAUGAUCCACAGUUAACUCCAGGUAUAUUUUCAUGUACUGUAUUUGCACGCAGUAUGCUUUCUGUGAGCUAUGCUUUCAUUGUUAACAAUGAAUAUAUCGCUGGCUGUUAUGUGUGAGCUGCUUUUGCUGCCAAAGUGUAAGCCGAUGUCAUUUUGUCAUACUUUUUGAUGUUGAUGUAAAUGCUGCUCUAGUUCUGUAUAAUUGAAAUAAAAGAGAGAAACCUA